AUGAAGGACGAAGAAGACUUUGCUCUUGAGUGGCUUGACAAACGAGACGUUUACAGUGUAACCCGUCUCGAAACCAUAAACCGAGUGUAUUCUUACAAAGUGACCAACCGCACUCUUGGAAAAGACAAAACUCCCAUCUGCAUUGAACUGAGCAAGCCGCCUUUGGAUCCAAUUUUUGAAGAAGAAAUGAAAGAGUUCAGAUAUGCUCUCCUCUUAUCCAAAGUCAAAAUGGAAUUAGAGAGAACUCAUCAGAAUGGUCCGGCUUGCAAUGUUAGCGAAUCCAAGGAUGACGAAGGGAAGGAAAUUGCAGAUGUCGCUGAAGACGAAAGAACAAAUGCAGAAAACGAAAGCAAUAGCGGAGACGACAAAAAUGAUGAGAAUGAUGAAGAAGUUGACGCUGAUGAAGAAAAUGAUGAGAAGAAAGACGAUGAUGAUGAAAAUGAUGAUGAUGAUUCGGGUGAUGAUGAUGACGAUGAUGACAAUUUGGGCUACGAUAGCGAAUCUCCCAUCAUAGGCAACACCGAAUACAUACCUGAUAGAUCCCCCGCACCUCGCUCAUCUCCACCCAAGGACAAUUCUCCUCGUGAUUCGUCUCACUCUAUGCCUCCACCAAGAUAUAGUGAAGCGAUUGCAAAUCAAGUUCGUGAUGACAAAAUGGAAGCAUCACCUCGUGAUGGCAAACUGGAAGCAUCACCUCGAGAACUGCCGUUCGUCUUUGAACACAGAAGUUCUCUUCGCAAACCCAUGCUCAUUUAUCCCAAAAGAGGCCCUACUCUCGAGCAGCUUGAUCCCGAGAACAUUAUGCAUCAGAUACUGAACACAGUCCGUCAGGCCGAGCUCAUAUAUCAACAAUACUUAAUUCAUCGAGAGCACGACAGCCUGACCCUAGCAAACUUAUGUGACAAGGUGGACCAAUUGAUGAAAACCAGAUCUCAACAGCAACCGAGCUCGUCCACUGUCGAUCUUCAAGAAAAGAUAACACAUGAACUCCGUCGUCAGAGUGAUCUCUUCGAGAAAAUUACAAAAGAAUAG